UUGUCAUGAGUUGUUGAAGGUACAAACCCAUCAGGGAACGCCAUCCACACUUUCGGUCCGGGCCAUGGCGGAAGCCUCAGGGAAAGACCCUGGCAGGUGACGAUCCGCCGAGAGAACAUGGCAAGUCGAGGUGCAGUGCUCGGAGUUCUUCUUGUAGGACUCAGCCACACAUGCCUCCUGUUCGUUGGAGGCUACAUGAGAAGUGAGAGCCGCUUGAUGAGGAAAGCCGAGCAGCAUGAAGUGAAUCGAGAGGACAUCGAUGUUUGGGAUCAGACCAGUGAAGAGUUGUCCUUGGACAUGCGAGAAUUGCUCAUCACUGACGCCAACGUAUACUUCGUUGGUCCAGACAUGGACACUUACAGAGAUGAUAUCAAAUUGGUGGCCGACAGGCUCAACUACACCUUUCUGGACUUCGAGUUCAAGGACAUGCCAUCAGCAGCCCGUUUGACGGGUGUUUUGGAGAAGAUCAUUGUGGUUCCUCCGCUGAACAGCGUGACUCGCUUCCCUUGGAAAGUGGCCACCACGGGGUUGGUCGUUUGGAUCGAUCCCGAUGGUUGGAAGCGCUGGGAUGUGGUGCAACGGGACAAGGUGAGAAAGAAGAAGUUCCCCAAGAAGAAGUCCAUUUUUGGUCCUGAUCAGCCAACCGACUUUACCCUUUUCACACCGAAGAAUUUGGAUGCGGGCGAUCCUAUUGACAUGUGGCAAGAGGCAGAUGUUCAUGUGGAUCUACAAGCACGGCCAAACAUGAAGGUUGCUGACAACAUCAUGGCCUCCGUGAUUGAUGCCAUACUCAGAAGUCCGCCCAAGUGGCGGAGCUGGAUGAAGGCGGGAAAGAUUCGGGGCACUGUCCCCAGCGACUACGAGACACCGUACCAAGUGCGCCGCGAGUUCCAUUCCUACGGUGUCUCGCCACGUUUGAACAAGCUCCUGAAGGCUUAGGCAGGCACUGUGACAAGCACCCAAAAAGCGAGCGAGUUCUUCUCCCAGCGUCGCAGCGAGUUCUUCGUGGGUCGAAGGGAACAUCUGGCUGUUGCAUGGAAGUCUUUCAAGGGACCAGUUGCC